AUGGAGACGGAAGCCAGCGUGGAUUGCUCCAGGCCGUGCCCUCCUGAAAGCAAGUCAGCCGAUUGCGGGGUGGGGGCAGGGAGCCCAGGGCCGAAGCAGAAGGGUGGUUGUGCACGCCAACCCGUGAGACGCGGGGGUGCGCCAGAGGCGCCAGGAAAUGCGGAACCAACUGAACAUUUAAGGUUGCAAACAGGAAUGUGGGUUGCAGAUGGGAGAACGCGGGGUGGGUGCGAACCGUCAGGUCCUCGUAGGGUCAGUGCGGUCGAUUGUGGGUGUGGGGGAGCAGCGUCGUCAUCCUUUGAGUUUGACGCCAGGGAAGGGGAGCCCCUGGUGGGCAGGGGCUGGGAGGACAGCGCCGGCCGGCGGGUGCAGACUGUGAGAGUGGACUGGGCGUCCUUCACCCUCACCAGCGUGUUCACGGACCUUGGGGCCCAGCGCCCGGGACACAGGUGGCGCGGGCAGAUGCCGCCCGCGUCCUGCGGCCGCCGGGCUAUUGGCCUGUUUGAUGAUGACAUUGGGUACGAUCGCAGGCGCCAGGGGCACGUGUCCGCUUGCGGGAUGCCCAGGUUGUGGUGGGUGCAGAGAGGGCGGGCUGACGGCCUGGAGGCUAAGCCAUCUCCCAAUUUCGAGGAGGGGACGGGGGCUGCGAUUCGGCCGCCAGUGGCCGCCCACAGCUCAAAGGCGGCCGCAGCAGAUGGCAAAGGGAGCGGGGAACGUGGGGCCUUCCCCAGCAGGUCCACGGAAGAUUGCGCCAAGAAAGGAAUUGCGCACACUCAUGGGGACACUUGCUCUGGAUCUGGAGGGGUGGACGCUGCUGAUCUUUGGGCGCCAAGCGACUCCGGCCGUGAUGGCCGCUGCGACUUCAGCGGUGCUGUUUCCAGUUUGGCCGUGCCAUCGGACCCGAGAGAGGGCCGAUCCAGCAAUGGGAGCACGGGGGGUCACUCGUCGCUCAUGAAGAUCCACAUCCGCACACGCAAGGCCGGCUGCGACGCGUCCGCCGAAUUGCCCCCUGGAGAUGACAAUUGCGGCUCUAGCUGCCACGGCGACCGGAGCCCUAGCGCGGAGACGGAGGGGACAAACCAGGGGCGGCCGAGCACUCAUUCCGACGAAGAGGGUUCCCCGACGGUUAGCGAAAAAAUGGCCGAGAGCAUCAGCCAGACAAUUUCCCACUCUGCGAACGCCCUGGAGCUGUUCAGCGACAGCAGCUCAAGGGAGGACUGGACGUCUCAGUGGGUAGCGCGGCACACGGGCGUAGGGGCCCCAGGGGCGCGACAGCGGCCGGAAGGAACUGAUGGCAGCCUGGGGCACGUCGGGGACUGCUUUUCGGAUGUGGGAGUCAGCGGCGAGGAGUGUGGUGCUGACGGCGGGGAGGGGUCGUGGGGCGAGUGCAGAGGGAGGAGGGAGCUCCUGAGGAGCCAGAGCAACCCUGAGCCCGAGCGCCGCGGCACCGGCGUCGUCAAUUUCAUGAAAAAGCUGAGGAAGAGGGCGAAGGGGCGCAAGAAGAGCGGCAAGUUGGGGUGGCUGCCGGCUGCCAUGUGCCUUGGGGCCUCCGCGCGUGUGGCUGACAAGGACGGACGGCGGCAGGGCGAUGUGCGUCCCGAGGAAAGGAAGAAGACGGCUUCCGCGGAGGACCGCCGCUCCAGGCACGAAGAUGCAGCGCGGCUGCUUUCUCGCACGGCGUCAGACUCGCAGCUUCAGUUGAGGCGCUCCGGCACCUGCGACCUCCAGCACCAGUUGUUUUGUGACGGCCCCUCCCAUGCGGACGGCCAGCCUUCACAUUGGCGGUACCCUUCUUUCGGGAAGGAAAGCUCCAGCCCCUACGUUCCAGACAGCCUCUUUAGUGACAGCCUCUUCAGCCUCUUCAGCACGCAGACGCCCACCCAGGCGCAGUUUUGGCCUGGCCUGGACUCUGUCGCGCUGGCGGCCAGGCGCAGGGGAGCCCUGCUCAACAGCGACAGCCAGAACCUUACAAUCACUUGGUGCUCGCACACGGGCACCAGCCUGUUCAGCGGAUUCAGCAUGCAGACCCCAACCCGAGCGCAGUUCUGGCCUGGAAAGGAAACUCUGGGCAUCUGGUCAAGUGGGACGAUGGAAAGAACUGUUUCAUCAAGGCACUCACCACCCAGGCAUCCUAGUGCCAACUCCAUGGCGGUUUCUCACCAGCCCGACAACCAGCUCCUCACUGGGCAGCCAGAAAGCCUUUCAAGAAACACCACCAUUAAUCACUGGAUCCAGCAAGGCGUCGAUGCAGCUGCUCAGAAGGGUUCUCUGCCUGCGCAUGGGCCUCAGGCACCCGUGCUGGAUUUUUCGGGUCAACUUUCAGGAGGGGGAAUCGAUACUGGACCCGACAUCCCGUCCCCAAGUGCAUCUCCGCAGUCUGCUGCCGGUCGCCCAGCACCAUUAAACGCCAGUGGUGCCGCCCUGGCGGCCUCCGCAACUUCAGGGUCUGCCAAGAUUGGAUCAUCUGGCGGCAUGCAGUCCAUGGAGGCUGCCAAGAGGUGCAACGGCAAGUGGAAGCUUGACAAUCAGCAGACCGACAACUUGCAAGGGUUGAGCGCGUUCAUGGAAUUGGGGUGGUGGAAGCAGGGGGCGUCGAAUGCAAACGACUUGUUCAAGGUGCAGGUUCGCGGACGAGCCUACUAUUGGUCAUGCGACGUCUUACGGUUGUGCGAAGCGGCCACGCGGCUGCCCCUCUCUGGCGCACCAGUGACGCAGCGCAGGCUGGACGGCAGGCCGGGGUACACCGUGACGUGGGCGGAGCCUCGUGAGGAGGGCAUGGCCGUAAUGUAG